AUGCCGUCGACGACCGCCGAGACGCUGUCGCUGGUGACGCGCAAUGUCUCCGUGGCGCCGCUGGUGCUGCUGUCUGCGGUGGACCACUUCAACCGCAGUUCGGCCACCAAGACACGAAACAAGCGGGUGGUGGGCGUGUUAUUAGGGCAGAACGACGGCAAGAACGUGCGGGUGUCCAACAGCUUUGCGGUGCCGUUUGAGGAGGACGACAAGGACCCGUCGGUGUGGUACCUGGACCACAACUACAUCGAGGCGAUGAACGACAUGUUCAAGAAAAUCAACGCGCGCGAGAAGUUAAUAGGCUGGUACCACUCGGGCCCCAAGCUGCGGGCGUCGGACCUGGAGAUCAACGAGCUGUUCAAGCGAUACACGCCGAAUCCGCUGCUGGUGAUUAUCGACGUGCAGCCCAAGGAGUCGGGCGUGCCCACAGACGCCUACUUUGCCGUGGAGGAGAUCAAGGACGACGGCACGACCACGGCCAAGACGUUUGUGCACACCCCCUCCAUCAUCGAGGCCGAGGAGGCCGAGGAGAUUGGCGUCGAGCACCUGCUGCGGGACAUCCGCGACGUCGCCGUCGGCACGCUGUCGACGCGCGUCACCAGCCAGCUGCAGUCGCUCCAGGGCCUGCACCACCGCCUCGGCGACAUCCAGACGUACCUGAAAAAGGUGCUCGACGGCCAGCUGCCCGUUAACCACGCCAUCCUCGGCAACCUGCAGGACGUCUUCAACCUGCUGCCCAACCUGUCCACCACGGCCGCGGCCCCCUCGUCCCGUACUGGUGCGGGCGCCGCGGCGUCCACAUCCACGUCCACGACCACGCUCGGCGGCGGCGAGGGCGACCUGGCCUACGCCAUGAGCGUCAAGACCAACGACCAGCUGAUGGCCAUCUACCUGAGCUCGCUGAUCCGUGCCAUCACGGCGUUCCACGACCUGAUCGAGAACAAGAUCCAGAACCGGCAGCAGCAGGAGGAAAAGGACGCGGCCAAGAAGGAUGCGGCGGCGGCAGCGGCCAACGGCGAGAGCAGCGGGCCCAACGGCGCGGCGGCGUCGGGCAGCAACAAGGACGGCAAGGACGGCGAGAAGAAGGACGACAAGGCCAACGGCGUCAACGGCGACGCAAAAGAGGGCGACAAGGAGAAGAAGUAG